AUGUCAGUCGGCCAGAAGUACGCCGAGGACGCGAGCGCCGGCUUGCCGAAAUCGUCGUCCAGCGGUGCGCGGUAUGACCGCCUCUUGUCUGGCCUUGCCGCCGGUGCGUUCGCAGACAUAGAACCUGACAAGCUCAAGGGCGAAAUCCAGCGAUGGGCCAAGGCGGUCGGGGCGCUGCUGCGCCAGCUGAGCUUCGGCGCCUGGCCUGAGAAGAGCGACGGCUCGUCGGAGCACCGGAACGCGGGAGACGAAAGAUGA